AGAGCUCUCCCUCAUAUGUCACAUAGCAAGCAACUAGUACAUCUUGUGCUUCAUUUGUGUUGAACUUUGCUAGCUAGGUUCAAGAUGAGCAAGCCUGUGAAGAUCGGGCCAUGGGGCGGCGAUGGAGGCGAACCUCGCGACAUCGAAUACACUCCUUUCACACUAGUUGGUGUGGCAGUUCGUAGUGGGGACGCAAUCAACGGUGUCAGGUUUACUUACGUGGAUACCAGUGGGAAUCUGCAUGAGGAGGAAUGGGGAGGCUCCGAGGCGGAGAAAUUUGAGGAGUUGCUCCUUCAAGAAUUAGAAUAUGUGGAGGAAAUUUCAGGAACGUACGGUUCACCCCCUGAAUCAUAUGUAACAUCUCUUGAAUUGGUUACCAACAAGGGUCGGACUAUCCGUGGCGGCACUGCCGGCUCUGGGGGUUCUUUCAACGUCCCGCUAGUUUCCGCCCGGAUCAUCGGCUUCUUUGGAGCUGCGGGGACGACUUACAUUGACUCCUUUGGCAUCUAUGCGGGCUUUGCUGCAUGAUCGCUUCAUCAUGUCUCCGUGCUAGUACUACUACUAUACUGGUACUGUUUUAGUGUGUGGUUGCAAUAAAAGCAGGGAGCCCUUUGUUAGCUGGUAGGAGUACUAGCUAUAUGCCUGUCGCGCCAUGAACCCCUCUCUGCCCAAGGGAAUGCAUGUACAUAGGUGUAUAUCGUUUGAGUGAAAACCUUGCAGUGUGCCUUGUAUCCAGUGUUAUAUUAGUUACCAUGGUGUAUAAAUAAAUGUAAAGUUACCCCUUGAGA